AUGACCUCUCCGAUCAAAGAGUACCUCACCAAAAGUCUUCUGUUGCUGGCUCUUCACUUGAUUGGAGUCGAGUGCAACAUCGAUGGCUGUGGUGUCAGGUACGCUACGUUCGCUGGGUGCAGAGAACACUGCAAAGUGGAACAUGAAGGGACUGAAGUUGCAUACAACGCGCGUGCCAAGAAAGCCGCAAACACUACUACUAGUAGUACUAGUAGGCGACACAUAGCGGCCAAGCGGGCCAAGGCGAUAAGGGGCUUAUGUACUGUAUACUUGAACUGCGCCAACGAGGCUGUGGUCGAUGCAGGGGGAAUGGUUCCAGCAUGCGAAGAACACCAUGAGCGCUACUUGAAAAUGAAGGCGACAGGGGGACGCUACGCUCUAUCCAAAGCAAAAAGGACGGGCUGGGGAGUCGACGUAGGCAAUCCGGAUGAAAUGACAGUAUGCCCAUCAGCAGUUCCCGUCUCAUCGGCUGUCGUGCAACUGGCCCGCUUUAUCGAAAGCGCGAAUAGACUCGGACGAGUAUACUGCAGUGAUACGGAAUUCGCAACAGUACCAAUAAAGAAUAGGAAGAAAAGAAAACUCAUUCCGGUCGAACUCGCCGUUUACGACCUCAAUGGAGAAUUGGUCAUUUACACUCCCAUCAAGUACGAUCAGUCGGUCGAAGAACUUCUGGCCGAUGCUCCUCGCACUGGGCCACCAACAAGAUUUAGUUGGGGCGUUAUGCAAAUAAUCUAUGGCGAAGGACCCCAAACUCGUGGGAUUACAAUUGACGACAUUCGAGAUAUAUUGUUGGAUGCAGUUCAGAGCACACUUGACCACUCAUCACAAAAUUAUAAGGAGACGUUGCAUAUCCAAGAGCAACUACGAAAGGAGUGCGGGGUUGAUGAGGAUUACGACGUUCAAAGCGAGAACGAAACCGACCUUCUCGACAUUCGGGUGCCGGAGAAGCGGGCUGUGAAGGAAAUGACGGACGAAGACAGAGAACUCAUCGCUCUAUUUUGGAAAUCCCGUCAAAUUCUAGAGCCAGUAAAUGAAGCCACUGGCAUGCCUCGCGCUAAGAUGGCGUACGAGAUGGCGGACGGGAACGAUCAAGACACUCUCGAGUAUUUGCAGAUAUUUGCGAGUGUUAAAGAUGAAGCCGAAUCAGAAAGCGACGAUGAGGGUCCUGAGGGCGGCGAGGCGGGUGAUGACAGCGGAGGCGACACUGGCGACGAGUAG